AUGAUGAAGAAAGGGAGCUUAAGCUCCGGGCUCAAACUCACUAUUCCUGCAUCUAAUCGGGGUUCAUUUACCAAGUCUGGGUCUGAAAAUGAAACGUUCAAGGCAGCGGACUUGCUUGUCAACAAGGAAGGAGUUCGAGUUGUUUCUGGGAAUGAAGUGGAAGCUCCACCACCAAUCACGCCACUAGACAACCAGUUAAACUUAGCAGAUAUUGAUACAGUCAAAGUGAUUGGAAAAGGAAAUGGAGGGAUAGUGCAGUUGGUACAACACAAAUGGACUAAUCAAUUUUUUGCAUUGAAGGAAAUUCAAAUGAAUAUUGAGGAGCCUAUUCGCAGGCAGAUAGCACUAGAGCUAAAAAUUAAUCAAUCAGCACAAUGUCCAUAUGUUGUUGUCUGCUACCAGUCAUUCUAUCAUAAUGGUGUCAUAUCAAUCAUAUUAGAGUACAUGGAUGGAGGGUCCUUAGAAGAUCUUCUUAACAAAGUUAAAACAAUUCCAGAGUCAUACCUUGCUGCCAUCUGCAAGCAGGUGCUGAAGGGUUUGAUGUAUCUUCACCAUGAAAAAUACAUUAUUCACAGGGACUUAAAACCUUCUAAUCUGCUGAUAAAUCAUGGAGGGGAGGUAAAGAUUACUGACUUUGGUGUAAGCAUAAUCAUGGAAAAUACAUCUGGUCAAGCAAAUACUUUCAUUGGCACACACAGCUAUAUGUCUCCAGAGAGAAUCAUUGGUAACCAGAAUGGCUAUGACUACAAAAGUGAUAUAUGGAGCUUGGGGCUGAUCUUGCUCAAGUGUGCCACGGGGAAGUUUCCAUAUACACCACCAGAUCAACGUGAAGGAUGGGAAAAUCUUUUCCAGCUUAUUGAAGUCAUUGUGGAAAAACCUUCCCCCAUUGCUCCAUCAGAUGAUUUUUCUCCAGAAUUUUGCUCAUUUAUCUCAGCAUGUUUACAGAAAAAUCCAAGGGAUAGACCGUCAGCUCGGGACCUUAUAAACCAUCCUUUUAUCAACUUGUAUGAGGAUUUGAAUGUGGAUCUUUCAGCCUAUUUCUCCAACGCAGGAACUACACUUGCAACCAUAUAG